AUGGAACAAAGAGGAUACAAGAUCCGAAGGGCGAGAGGAUAUUUGGUCGGCUGCGUGGUUGCUGUGUUUUUGUGGAGCGUGGCAUCGGCGCAAAUAAGAUAUUCAGUCUCUGAGGAAGUUAACGAAGGAACUGUGGUCGGAAAUAUAGCAAAAGAUCUGGGACUGGAUAGAAGCACGCUGAAAGAAAGGAAGUAUCGGAUUGUGUCGAGUAAUGUGGAUCCUCUUUUCCACGUAAAUCAGAAUGAUGGUGUCCUGUAUGUGAGCCGAAAAAUUGAUCGAGAAGAGGUGUGCUCGCAGAGCAGUACGUGUUUAAUAAAUCUAAAAACCGUGCUAGAAAACCCACUGGAGGUACACUAUAUAGUAGUGGAAGUGCUGGAUAUAAAUGACCAUUCUCCCAGCUUCCCAGAGAGAGAAAAAACGUUGGAGAUUUCUGAGUCUGUGUUACCAGGAGUACGCAUUCCGUUACAACACGCAAGAGAUCCAGACGGUGGUCUAUUCUCUGUUCAGCAGUAUAAACUCAGCCCCAGUGACAACUUUCGUUUGGAAGUUAAGGAUAAGGGAGAGGAUGGCAAAAUACCGAUUUUAAUUGUGCAGAAAUCUUUGGAUAGGGAGACCGCGGGAAGCCAUUCAUUAGUGCUGACCGCAUUGGACGGAGGGAAACCUGCGAAAUCUGGUGAAAUGAAUAUUAGAGUAAAUGUUUUGGAUAUUAAUGAUAACGCACCUGUUUUCUCUCAAGAUGUUUAUUCAGUGAUGCUGGACGAAAACGCUCCAGUAGGCACAACAGUCAUACAAGUGAAUGCAACUGAUUUAGAUGACGGUCCGAACGCAGAUGUAAUUUACUCAUUUAGCAGUAUUGUUAACCGUAGGUUGUUAAAGCUUUUUGAUAUCAACUCGUCGACGGGUGAAAUAACUGUGAAAGGUUUAAUAAACUAUGAGGAGAAGGACAGAUAUGAAAUUGAAAUUCAAGCAUCAGAUAAAGGUCUGGCUCCUCUCGCCACACAAAAAAGCGUCAUUAUCAAAAUAGUUGAUGUGAAUGAUAAUGCACCUGAAAUUGAAGUUACCUCAUUUUCGAGCUCAAUUCCUGAAGACUCCAGACCUGGGACUACAGUUGCCCUGAUCAGUGUAAAUGACUUGGACUCUGGUCUUAAUGGAAAAGUUAUUUGCUCCAUAAGUGAGGAUGCUCCGUUUACUUUAACACCAUCUUUACAAGAAAAAAUGUAUUCAUUAGUGACCAAAUCGCCUCUAGAUAGAGAGAAACAGUCAAAAUAUGACUUAACAAUACAUGCAAAAGACGCUGGUCAACCCCCAUUAUCAUCUGAAAAGACAAUAGGCGUUGUGGUGUCUGAUGUGAAUGACAACAUUCCAGAGUUUAUACUGAGUCCCUAUACUUUCUAUGUCACUGAAGGUAAUGAGGCAGGUACCUCUGUGUUUUCUGUUCAAGCUUAUGAUCGUGAUGAGAACGACAAUGCUCGUAUUUCCUAUCAUAUCCUAAGAGACUCGAGCACAGAAAACAAAUUAUCUUCGUUUCUCAACAUAAACUCUGAAAAUGGAGAUAUUUCCGCGCUAAAAAGUUUCGACUUUGAAACUCUGAAAACUUUCCAGUUCCAAGUUGUCGCCACAGAUUCUGGAACUCCGUCACUAAGCAACAACGUCACAGUGAACGUGUUCAUUCUGGAUCAGAACGACAACGCUCCA